CUGACUCCGGGCACGGAGCCGUCCGCAGUCAAACCGAGCUCCGUCUCCGACCGCGUCCGCACCGGCUAUGCUUCGUCUCGUCUCAGCAUCGUCUUAGCAGAGCCGCUCUUCAGUCGGAAAAAAGAAGCGAAAGAUGACCGCCGCCGCUCCGCCUCCCCUCACCGCGAGCUGAGAGCCGACCGGCCGAUUAUCGCGAAUUCGAGUCGAGUGCCGCUCGUUUAUCUCCGGGACGCCGUCGAGGGGCAGAUAAAGGAGAUCGCGUUCGUCAAUUGUACUUCGAUUCCAUCCUCAGUCCUUCGAUGGGCCUUGCCUCGGAUUAGUGCCAAGAACGUCGACCAUGUCCACGACCAAGCUCCAGGAACAACAGCGGACCAGGCCCGUCGCCAGGAGGGUCAGGAAAAUCAGCAGGACUGAGAGCGAGAGUUCGGACCGGGGCGGUGGUGGAGAGGAAGGAGUGCGACUGACGGAGGAUGACCUCAGCCCCGAGGAUGGCGACGCUCUCUCCUUCUGUGAGGUGCACGACAUCCCACCGCCACCAGAUGGUGGCUACGGCUGGGUGAUCGUUUUCGCCUCGUUCAUGUGCAACAUGAUCGUGGACGGCAUCGCCUACACCUUUGGAGUCUUCCUUGGCGAGUUCGUCGAAUUCUUCGGCGAAGGCAAAGGAAAGACGGCCUGGGUCGGCUCCCUCCUCUCCGGCAUGUACCUAAGCGCAGGUCCUAUUGUUAGUGCGCUGACCAACAAAUUUGGAUGCAGGGCUGUCUGCAUUGCAGGGAGCAUCAUAGGAUGCCUUGCAUUCGUCCUGAGUAUAUUUUCACCCAACGUCAACGUUCUCAUGAUUACGUAUGGAUUUAUGGGGGGUGUAGGAUUUGGUCUUAUUUACCUCCCAGCAGUAGUAUGUGUUGGUUAUUAUUUUGAAACAAAGCGAUCACUUGCAACUGGUAUUGCUGUUUGUGGGUCUGGGUUUGGGACGUUUACGUUCGCCCCGCUUGCCACAUUCCUCCUGGAACACUUUGGCUGGCAAGGCGCCAACCUGAUAUUAGCCGGCCUCAUCCUUAACUGCGCCGUUUUCGGUGCAAUGAUGAGGCCGUUGGAAUUUCCGAAAGGGCCCUCGUGCAAGCCCCUUCUCCAGAGAAUGGCGGACGAGAAGAGAUUCCAGAUGGAAAGAGGAUCGAUAGGCGGAUCUUACUUCAUCGUCCAGCUUCCUGACGGCUCGAUGGAGAAACGGAUGAAAAUGCCCAUCAACAUCGACCCAGGUGUCCACUCCAGCUUCAAUCUCAACGAAUUGGUGCCCGGUACGCCCAUCACUCCUGUGCCGACCAUGGCCAUACUUCCGACCAUCACUGAGGCCAAAGUGCCCGAGCACAGCGGCUCCUCCGGCGGCUCCAGCAGCGGAAGCACAAAUGAUUUGAAAAAAGAAAAGAAGGAGUCAAAAGAUGAAAAAGUUGACAAUAAUGUGCCAAAGGCGUCCAUUCCAAGAAAUGCAUCACAACCAGCGUUUACGACACACGUUCAAGGGCUACCCAAGAAUGGCUCCGUACCGUUCUUCGACCGUAUACGCAAGACUAGCCAGGGUGAGAGAUUCAAACCGACUCUCCAGGCGAUCAAAGGUUCUUCCCGCCCGAACAUCAACUCCAACGGUGACAUCAGGAGAUCGAUGCAUCUCCGUCUGUCCACCUCUUCAGUCGUCAGCGGCACCAAGAACAACAACUGUGACGACAUGUGGUCCAAAACAGAUGUGGACACAGAGAGCGUUUGUUUUGCUACUAGCAAAGCGAGCAUGACGGCUAGGAAGGAGCUGAUCAGACCGCUUUCACGUAAAGACAUCUUUUACUCCGGCUCGGUUGUCAACCUCCCGGAGUACCAGUCGCAGAGGUCAUUAGCCGGCUACAGGCAGAGUGUUGUCUCCCUGAGGUACCAACACCGUGGCCCUGAUGGCGAAGUCGUAGAUCCACCUGAACUCUGCCCUUGCCUCACUUUGCCCGAAUCUUUCAAGUCGGCUCUUGCAGCCAUGCUUGACUACACACUUCUCAAAGACCCAGUCUUCCUUCUCAUAGGUAUCAGCAACAUCUUCGGUAUGGCAGGGCUAUACGUGCCUUUUGUGUACUUAGUCGAUGCAGCUGUUCAAGACGGUAUUGAUCAAGGAUUGGCUUCAUUUUUACUCUCCAUAAUCGGGAUAACGAACACGAUAGGUCGUGUCCUUUGUGGCUGGGUGGCAGAUUUCCCUUCAGUAAAUUCUCUUCUACUCAACAACUUAAGCCUCGUUGUUUCUACGAUUGCUGUCACAGCGACUCCUUUCUGUAAAUCGUAUGCCGCCUAUGUCACGAUGUCGGUAUUCUUCGGCCUUGCUAUCUCUGCCUAUAUUUCAUUGACAUCGAUUAUUCUCGUCGACCUCCUUGGUUUGGACAAACUGACGAACGCAUUCGGACUGCUGAUACUUUUCCGUGGUGCAGCAGCUAUCGUCGGCUCUCCUCUCGCUGGCGCAGUAUACGAUGCGACUAAGACGUACACGAUACCGUUUUACAUGGCUGGCUUCUUCUUCUUAAUGUCUACGAUAACUUCGUUUAUGGCGCCGAUGAUGAAGCGUUGCACCAAACAGGAACCAGAACCUGUCAUGAUGGACGCUCUCACACCGAUCGACGAGGAUGACGAGGAGAAUGAAGACAUCCCAGAGAUCGUCGAAACUGCCCCUUCUCCCGGCUCUCAGAUGAAUUCAAUGGAAAUUAAACAAAUAGAGUCCGUUUUAUAAGCCUAAUUUGUUUCAAUUUUCAAUUAAUAUGAUGAUACGGCGAUUAGAAUAUUAUCCUAGUUCUUUUUUUUUUUUUUUUUUUGUAAAUUUUU